UCGCUCUAGUAUUUUGCCAGAAACAGAAAAAAGGUUCGAUUAUUUUCGAUUUCGAAUAAUCGAAGGUUCGAAUAUUUUCGAUUUCGAAUAAUCGAAGGUCGAUUAUGUUCGAUUUCGAAUAAUCGAAUUUCGAUUAUUCGAAUUUUAAUCGAAAUCGGUGCAUGCCUAUUCUGAACCUAAAAGCACGCAGUAAAGCGCUUUCAAAAGUCACGUGCCAUGAUUUUGUAGAACUGGCAGCUCUGUGAUCGAGAUCUGCAAGGUGAUGUCUGAUUAUGUCGAGUUUGGGCCAAUAUGCUUUUCAGCACAGAUUUCUGAAAAGCACAUUGAUCUUGAAUUCUUAUGCAUGUUUUGUCUAGCUAAAGCAACAUCUUUAUAUCUGUUAAUGCUUUUCAGAUCUUCUCCUUCACAUAUUCAUGAACAGGUGGUGUUAUGCUAUACUCUCUUACUAUUGACUGACUACCGAAAAAAGAAUGUAGUUCUCAUCAUUACUGACAUGCCCAUCAAUCAACUCGUAAAAUAUUUUCUUAUAAACAGGAAAAUGUUUAACAAUAAAAAUGUCUCUUUUCAAAGAUAACAUAGAAGAGAAACUAAAGAAGACAUUUUUUACUGUUCAUCAACGACUAUCCAUUUAUGCAAUGACUUUACUGUGGGAUAGUUACACGUUAAUCAAAGAUUUUGUUAGAUCAGGUUCCGGUUACAUUUUCUCACUCAGUGCAGAUCUCUACUUUGUGGUAUAUGAAACAAAACUUCUUCGUUUGGAGCUCAGGUGGGAAGUAUGAGAAAGUUGUUUUGAAACAAAAAACGAAUGUUUCCAUCGUUUUGUAUUUCUUUUUUAAAUUGGCAAGACUUUUUCACAUGAAUCUUUGCUCUUCAAAAAUCGGUAGAUCAUUAAUAAAAUUUUGAAGAGCAUUUAUUAACUACAAAAUUGAAGUUAAGGAGAUAAAACUGGCAGACGAUUUUUAAAAAUCAUUCAAUAUUCGCAGUGAAUGUGAAAUCUUAAUAACACUCACGUGCCUAAGUUAUUUUUUGACACUCUAUCUCAUUGUGCACUUAACAUAUAUUUUUAAAAGAUAAUAAAGUCGAGAUUUUAUGCUUUUAGAAAUUGAGUCAUUGUAAAGACUAUAUUUACAUAUUACACGCCUCUUAGUUUGUUCAGAGAUGUUUGUCACCAUAAACUAAGUAAGCUUUCACAAAAUUAUAAAGACAUUAUCGCACACUAGUAUAGUGGCUGCAGUUUAGACAUAUGCACGGGUACCGUUUUCGUACCUGUAUCUGACCCAAUCUAAGAAAUUUGUACACGUAUGUCAAGUUAUUAUUACGGUCUCAAGAAAACCUGAUGCAUUUUAGCUAAAAUCUUGUAUAUUUCCAUUAAAAUUUUGUGGUUUCUACUAAAACCUUCCGGUUUUCGGAUAAAUUAAAACAAAAACAGAACCCGUAUCCGUAAACGCUCUACUCGUACCCAGCCUUUGGGUCGGAUCGUGUACGGGUUGCACAUCUCUAAUUCAGUCAGGUAGAAAAAUCGAAAACGGAACAGGAUGGUUCCUAAGUUAUGGUUUCGUCAAGGUUCCACUUAAUUGUUCUAAAUAUUCUAUAAUAAGAUUGUAGUUAGAUCUUUUCUGCAAGAAUAAAUCUAUUUGCGAAAGAAAAUCUGUCUCUAGAAGCAGCAAAAAGUAUAAAACUUUAGGAUAGAAGAAGAACGAAGUAAUAUUUGGUUUCAAGGAUCAAAAGAUCAAACAAAACACUUACCUCAUUACGAAUUACCUUGGUAGAAGAAUUUUUGUAUGGUAUCCAAUGCUUCGGUGACUUGAAAAAGAGAGCUCGUAUCGAUUCAUCAAUAGCCUCGUCCGAGUAUUUUUUUUUCCAAUUUGCACAGAAAUCCAUGUCCGCAUUCGACAGUACCAAUGCCACAUUUAAAUAAAUCAGUAAUAUGCAGCUGUGCUCAAAAUGUGGGGAUAUAUUUUGCUAGUAGAAAACGUUCGCUUACCAGUCAAUGUAAAAUAUAAAAGUAUAUCGAGAUAGAGCACAUGAUGACAAAGCUACACUUCUGAAAUUUUCUUUUAAGAAAUGUUAAGUUAUAUUUUCGUUUUCUUUUGACAUUUGUAUAUCAAAAUGCAGAAAAGUUCAAAAAGCGAGAAUUAGAAUAUUUAAUAUCAAAUUUGUUGGCAAAAUGUUUUAAAUUUUUUAUGGCAUUAUCCGCAGAAUCACGUUUUACAUUGACAGAACCAGCUGAAACGACUACAUUUGUUGAGGAUCCAGCAUCUGUGACAGUUCCACUUGUAUAUUAUGGUAACCGUUUAACGAUCAACAAGAGCGUUGAGCCUCUUUCGUAUGAACCAGCUGAUAAAAAAAUUGUUUCUCAAAUUACCAAUCAAAUUGUCGUAGAUCAUAUCGUUAAUGCAAUGGGUGCAAGCAGUCAAGGUCUUAUAUGCGAUACUCAUUUGGCAAUUGCUGUACAUAAUGAUAAUCAUCUUCAUACAAUGGCACCCGAAUGCAAAGAACUGGCGGAAAAAUUUGCUCGAGCAAUAGAUUCAACAAAAACUGGCGAAGAAGUAUCGAUAGAGAGUGUUAAAGCCUUACGUCGAAAAUGGUGUGGUUCAUUACCAUCGUUCAUGAUGAAAUUUGAUUUGCCAACUUACGAAUGCAAAAGUAUUCUUGAAACUUUGUUUCAAAAAGCGAAGACAAUCUGGUUAGAAAGUAGGGAUCAGAAUAUUAGUUAUCAACCCUAUCGUCCAACUUCUAUAUUAGCAUCGAAUAUAAGAACAAGACGUCAUGAUGAUCAAGAAUUCAAGAAAUGGCUCGCUAAUAAUAAAGACCUUUUCUCAUCAUCAACACUCGACGACAACUCCUCAUCUCCAUCCCAAACCAUAGAAAAUAAACUAGAAAAUUCAGCGCUAAAAAAUGCAGAUUCAACUACUGUUGAUAAAAAUACAGUUUCGAAAAAACGAACUGCAAAGAAAAAUAUUUCUGCUACAACAAGCUCUCCAGAACCAACAGACAAUAUUGAAACAUCAUCCGAAACUAUGUACAGGAAAGAAAUACCAGGAAUGUUAAAAAAACCCGAUUCAGCUACUACUGAUAGCUCUUCGAGAAAGCAGAUGGCUAGAAAAAGUGUUCCGUCAACGACGAACGCUCAAGAAUCAAUGGUCCUAUCUUCUGGUGUUAACAGCGCAACAACGAAUCGUAACAAUGAACCGUUGAUCAAUUCAUCUUGCGUAGAACGAAAACCAACAGCAUCGUCAUCAUCAUUUUCCUGUACUCCAUGUGCGAUCUCUUAUCAUGAAGAUUUUGUAAUCACUGGAAUGAAAGCAGUUACUAGUAAAGUUAAAUUUACUUUAGGAAUUUCCAAUAAAGAAGUACCAUUUUACUCAGUUGAUCUUAAUGGCGAUCCAUCUGUCGAUAGUAGUCCAGUCGAUAAAAUUUUUACUAACAUACUAAAACAAGAUCAAUUUAGCAGAAAAUUAAGCAGCACAACAGCUGAUCAAAUUCAUUAUGACAAACAAACUCAUGGUCCAUUAAGUUUACGUGUAACUUAUGGAUCUAUUUAUUUUAAAUUAGAUGAUCAACAGCAACAACCGAAAAAAAUUGGCGAAAUCAAUCAGUGUAUAAAUAAUAAACAAAAUAGGCUUGAAACUUAUUUUAUACCUGAAAGUAGAAACACACUUUCUGCACAAAGACCACUCGAUGACGAUCCCGAGUCAACGUAUACUUACAUUCUAGAAUGUAAAUCAGAAUCUUCACCAUCCGGUUUAUUAGCAUUAACAUUUGACUUCAAAAAGACACUGAAAUCAUUUUUGAUUAUUUAUCUGUGGUCAAAAUCAUACGCAAGACGAUCAAAUGGUAAGCCAGAUCAAAUUUAUGAAAUUAUAUCGACAAUUGAAUAUGAUAAACAAUCAUCCAUGUUUAGUGAACUUGUAAAAAACGUCUUUGUUGAUGAAAUUAAAGUCGAAAAACUCCUGACGGGUAAAUCUCCUCUAUUGAAGCCUAUUGGAAAAAUGUUGAAAGUCAGUGUUCAACUAUUAUCGUUAAAAAGAUUAAAACGACUAUUGGCUAAUGAUCUCCCUCAAUGGACUUUGGACACGGAUGUAGAAAAUUGUUACUUCAAUGCGUGUACACAUAUAUAUUCUUUGGACAACGACGAAGAUGAAAAAAUUAAAACAUUGGAAACACUAGAAUUUUUAGCCUAUCCAAUAACAUUCGCAAACAAAACUAAAUUAAAAAAAUUAUUUGAGAUUGGUGAGCAGUUUUUAGAAGGAAAUAAAUAA